CUCCCUUCUUGAGUGAGCACGGAGCCCCAGCGCGCUGGAAUGGAUCCCCAAUAAAUCCCCUUCUGCAAUUGCAUGAGUCAGUGUCUUGGUGGUCUCUUCCUCCGACGCUUCGCCGGACCCUUACGCUUGAACUUUCAAGACCCUGCCUCAGCCUCCCAAGUCACUGAGAUUACAGAUGAUCACCCGCUGUCCUUUGCUCCCUGGUCAGCCCCACCCUGGAGGGAGGGAGAUCUGCCGCCAUUGAAUGAGGCUUGAGAUGGACAUUUGCCCCUGUCACCACUGUUGAUUCACUGCCUGUGACCCACACUUCCCUCACCUGAGGACCAGUCUCUGAGGCUAAGAAAGCCUGAGGACCAGGCUUGGACGCCACCGGACCGCUGAGAAUUGAGGGACGGUGAGGUGCUGACCGGCGUCGGGCUGGAGCAAGCCAGCGAGAUGGAGGCGGCAAGAGGGGACAGGCAAGAGGGAUCAGGCGCGGAGUAGUCCGCAAAUCCCGGGCUUGAACUUCCUUUAGCGCUGCGCUGGGACGGGGCGGGCAGGGUCCCCGGGGCUGCUAUGGAGGUGCCUAAUGUCAAGGACUUUCAGUGGAAGCGCCUGGCGCCACUUCCUAGCCGCCGGGUCUACUGCUCCCUGCUGGAGACCGGGGGACAAGUCUAUGCCAUCGGGGGAUGUGAUGACAAUGGUGUCCCUAUGGACUGCUUUGAGGUCUACUCCCCUGAGGCCGACCAGUGGACCGCCCUGCCCCCUCUGCCCACAGCCCGGGCAGGGGUGGCAGUCAUCGCCCUGGGGAAGCGGAUCAUGGUGAUCGGGGGUGUGGGCACCAAUCAGCUGCCCCUGAAGGUCGUGGAGAUGUACAAUAUUGAUGAGGGCAAGUGGAAGAAGAGGAGCAUGCUGCGUGAGGCUGCCAUGGGCAUUUCUGUCACAGCAAAAGAUUACCGAGUGUACGCAGCAGGCGGGAUGGGCCUGGACCUCCGUCCACACAACCACCUCCAGCACUAUGACAUGCUCAAGGACAUGUGGGUGUCACUCGCACCCAUGCCUACCCCGAGAUAUGCUGCCACCUCUUUCCUCCGAGGCUCCAAGAUCUACGUGCUGGGGGGACGACAGUCCAAGUAUGCAGUCAAUGCCUUCGAGGUCUUCGACAUCGAGACUCGCUCCUGGACCAAGUUCCCCAACAUUCCCUGUAAGCGGGCUUUCUCCAGCUUUGUGACCCUGGACAGUCACUUGUACAGCCUGGGAGGCCUUCGGCAGGGUCGGCUCUAUCGGCAGCCCAAGUUCCUGCGGACAAUGGAUGUGUUUGACAUGGAACAGGGGGGAUGGCUGAAGAUGGAACGGUCAUUCUUUCUUAAGAAACGACGGGCAGACUUCGUGGCUGGUUCUCUGAGUGGACGGGUCAUAGUGGCUGGGGGACUUGGAAACCAACCCACUGUCCUGGAGACCGCAGAAGCAUUCCACCCAGGGAAGAACAAGUGGGAGGUCCUCCCUCCCAUGCCCACGCCCCGCUGUGCCUGCUCCAGCAUCACCAUCAAGAAUUGCCUCCUGGCUGUAGGGGGUGUCAACCAGGGUCUGAGUGACGCAGUGGAAGCCCUGUGUGUCUCUGACUCCUAGCUGUCCUGGGCCCAACAGCUUUGCCUGGGAUUGUAUCACUCCACUGUCUACACGAGGAGAGGAAAGGUCUUGUCAGAGCCGUUUGGGCUACUUCCCAGGAUGCCAGCUAUUGUUCUUUCCCCAGCUCUGGACUAGUUUUGAGGGUCUCUUAGGAUAAAAGAUGGAGAAGGAUGGGGGUGGGGGUCUCAAACCUUUUUUUUUUUUUUUUUGACCAGGAAUUGAACUCAGGGGCACUUACCCACUGAGACAAAUCUCCAGUCCCUUUUUAUGUUUAUUUUGAGACAGGGUCUCCCUAAGUUGCUUAGGGCCUCGCUAAGUUGCUGAAGCUGGUUUUGAACUUUCAGCUCUCCUGUCUUCAUCUCCGAGGCUGCUGGGGUGACAGACAUGGGCCACCAUGCCCAGCCUCAAACCUCUUAUUUCUCCUUUGGUUUACAUCCUUUCCUUAUUUGUUCAUCAAUUUGACCUUCCCUGGACCUCAUUAGAUCAGCAAGAAUUGGCCUCAAAGCUCGGGAAAGGAGGGUGGGGGCUCAUAUUCCCAGUCCAGGCCAGCAGCCCCUGCAGGAAGGAUCCUUCCUCUCAGGAUCCUUGCUGCAGGUGUGAUGAUGGGGAAGGAGAAAACACUGAGCCCUGUGUCUGCUCUGAGCCCCCAUCUCCUCUCUGCAUUUUUCCUUCUGCCCUCCUCCCUCCAGAGGCCUGGCUCUUUUCUCCCUGAUGCCCCCAGAGUGUUUCUGUGUGAAACUUUCUCAUUUACACUGUGGCAUCAAAAUCCACAAAAGAUGGAUUUCUUGCACUCUGAUUAAUCACAGCAGCACAAUGAUUAAAAUCUAUAUUCCUAUCUUC